GGGGCGGAGCCACGCGGGAGUUCGCCGCCGCGGGACGUCAGGCUCGGCUGGGCCACCGGACAGCGCCUCCCGUUCUCCCGGGUUCGCUGCUGCUCGGAGCCGGCGGCGGCGGCAGGCGGAGGGCGGCAUGCGCGUGUGAGAUGCGGCGGCGGGCAGCCGGGACGCGAGCCGCGGCGGAGCAGGCGGGCGAGGCCUCCUCAGAGCGGGGCGCGCGGUGCAUGAGGGCGAGCACGCGGGCGCCGGGCAGCCGCCGGCCACGCCGCCUCCAUAAACACUUGUUUAGGACUCGUUCGCCUCGCUGAGGCCCCGGCGCCGCCAUGGAGGCCCCGCCGGACCCCGCGCCCCUGGCCGCCGCCUCGGCCUCGGCCCCGGCCCCGCUGCGCGCCCCGCAGGUGGCGCGGCUCCGCGAGGAGCAGGAAAAGGUGGUCGCACGCUGCCGGGAGAGCAUCCAGCACUGGAAGAAGGUGGACGAGGACUACCGCGCCCUGCAGGAGAGGCUUGGCGCGCUGCCGGACAAGCUGUCCUACAGCGUCAUGGUGCCGUUGGGCCCCUGUGCCUUCAUGCCGGGGAAACUCGUCCACACGAACGAAGUCACCGUUCUGCUCGGGGACAACUGGUUCGCAAAGUGCUCGGCAAAGCAGGCCGUGGGCCUGGCCGAGCACCGGAAAGCACACGUGAGGAGGACGAUAGACGAUCUGAAGAAGGUGAUGAAAAAUUUUGAGUCCAGAGUUGAAUUUACAGAAGAUUUGCAGAAAAUGAGCGAUGCUGCCGGCGACAUCGUCGACAUACGAGAAGAAGUUAACAGUGACUUCGAAUUUAAAGCAAAACACCGCAUCGCUCACAAGCCUCACUCCAAGCCCAAAACCUCAGGUAGUUUUGAAGCAGAGUUUCCCGACGGCGCGAAGGCCCAGGCCCCACUGGCGGACGAGGCGCUGUGGGCGCGGCUGGAGGAGCUGGAGCGGCGCGAGGCGCUGCUGGGCGAGCUGGACAGCAAGCCUGACACCGUGAUUGCCAAUGGACAGGACGCCACGUCUUCCGAGGAGGAGGAGGCGGAGGAGCAGAGCAGAGCCGCGGCUCCCGGCCGCUGUGACGGGGGCGCCGCAGACCCCGGACCGCUCAGCGGGCGAGUGAACGGUCACGCCCACUGCUCAGUGAAUGGGUCGCACUCUUACCACAGUGACGAGGAUGAGGACGAGGAUGAGGAUGAGGAUGAUAGCGAGGAAAGUGAACCUGCCCACCACGCUGUAGGGGCCGGACACAGUUCCGUACCAACGAUAUAUUUUUCUCACACUGUGGAGCCGAAGAGGGUCCGGAUCAAUACUGGAAAGAACACCACUUUAAAGUUCAGUGAGAAGAAGGAGGAAGCCAAGCGGAAGCGGAAGAGCAGCAGUGGCGGCGGCCACGCCGCCCCCGAGCUGCCCACCAUCAGGACCCCGGCGGACAUCUACAGGGUCUUCGUGGACGUCGUGAACGGGGAGUACGUGCCCCGGAAGUCCAUCCUGAAGUCGCGCAGCCGGGAGAACAGCGUCUGCAGCGACACCAGCGAGAGCAGCGCCGCCGACCCGGAGGAGCGCCGCGGGCUGCUGCGGGGCCUCAGCUGGGAGGAGGCGGCGUGCAGCGACGCCGGCGAGAGCAUCCCGGAGGAGGGGCAGGAGGGCCGGCCGCGGGGCGCGGCGCCCCCCCUGGCGGGGCCGCCCGAGGUGCAGGCCUUCUCUGGAACCGUGGUAGAAAAGGACGUGCUGUCGCCCUGCGCAGCCCCUCGCCCGGCCGGGGCGCACCCGCUGCUGCCCCCCAUUCCCGAGCGGAAGGAACUUCUGCCGGAGGCCUCAGAAGAAGUCACGAAGAGGGUUUCCAAGUUCAAAGCUGCCAGGCUGCAGCAGAAGAACUAGGCCCCGCCCGGGAAAGGGGGGCCGAAGCCCAGCCCGGCGUCCGUGUGCCCCGCGCACCGCGGACGCGCUCCCUGCGUGGGGCGGCGGUCGGGCCCGACUCGGAAGCAGCCCCCGUCCCUGCCAGUGGCGCCCUGAGUCCCAGCGAGCGCUCGGCCCCUCAGCUCCGCAUGCGGCCCGCACGCCUGUGCCUGCCGGCCUGCGGGGCGGCGCCCUCUCCGAGCGGUUUGCGGAGAGCGCCGUCCGUCUGCACCGUUGCCGAGUUCCGGACGGAACGCGGCGGUUCCGCACCAGCUGCGACGCUGCGUGUACCCUGUGGGCCGUUGUAAGGAAACUUUUAACAUUUACACAGAUUCAAGAAUUCCAUUACUUGCUUUAGCAUCUUAAAGGCACUUUAAAGGAGUCUACUCGCAGGUCCUGCAGCUCGGUGGCUGUGCGAGGACGCUGCCCCCUCGUCUGUCGCUGCGUCAUCUUGGGGGCGGGAGCCACGCGGGGCCCGUCGGGGAGUUUCUGUGGUCGGGAGAACGGUAUUUUGUAAAACGUUUUUUUUGAGUAAAAAUUUUAUGAAACUUGC